CAGGAGACGCCACUAUAGUACCCGGGUGAAAAAGUAAUUGGGUUUAAAGUUUCUGCGAUGAGCGAGGCUCAACUGGAGAGUGGUUGUGGUAUGGACUCUUCGGUCAAGCACCACAAAGCCAGCGAGUACUGGAAGAAAGUACCUGCCACCCUUGAAGGCGUUUUGGGAGGCUACCCAGAAUUAACUAAAGUGGAUCUUCGAAGCUCCAAAAACUUUUUGGAAAACUUAUUAAAAAAGUUCAAUAUUACUGACUGUUAUGACAGAGCACUGGAUUGUGGUGCUGGUAUUGGUAGAGUAACCCAGGGCCUUCUUGUUCAACUUUAUAAUAAAGUUGACUUGGUAGAAAUGUGCCAAAAGUUUUUAGAUGAAGUUCCAAAAUAUGUUAACUCUGCAGAAAAAAUCGGAACAUUGUAUUGUUCUAGUUUACAAACGUUUACCCCUCAAAAAGCACUUUAUGACGUUAUUUGGAUUCAGUGGGUUGUAAAUUACUUGGCUGAUGCUGAUCUCGUUUCUUUUUUGAUCCGGUGCAAGCUGGGCUUAAAACAAAACGGCUUUAUUAUUAUUAAAGAGAACGUGUCGUCGACGCAAUUGGUAACAGAUUCUAAAGAUGGCGGCAUGACGAGAACUGCUGAACACUUUAAAAAAGUUUUUAAGGCUGCAAAGCUUGUCUUGCUAGUUGAAGAGACACAAAAAAAUUUUCCAAAAGAAUUAUUUUUAGUAAAAAUGUUUGCUUUGCGAUAAUAAAAAAUUUCUCGAUGGUUUUACUUGAAAAAAGGAAGAUGCAAUAUUAAUAAAGGG